AUGAAACCUGUAAUUUCUGUGAUUUUUUUGAUGCUGUGCGGAUAUAGUGUCAGAUUAAUUUUGGCGAAUGGUGCCAUAAGUAAUUCACACAUUAAGCUAGCCAGCUGUAUGCUCGAAUGGCAGGUUGUCCCAAUAACGCUGGAUCUAUAUCCAAAUUUAAUAUACCACCCAAAGUGCGUACGCGUUAAACGGUGUGGUGGAUGUUGCAACCAUAAAUUGCUCACUUGUAAACCAACAGAGUCUCAGAUGGUGAGCUACCCGGUCACGGUUAUUGAUAUCGUCCGUGAAAAUAAGGAGUUUCAAAUACAGACUGAAAUACUUGUACAUACUAUAUGUGAAUGCACAUGUAGUAACACAGAAAAGCAUCAUCAGAUCGAGGUCUGUGCAUUAGUAUGUACCAACAAAAACGAAGAAAGAAGUUGUAGAAAAAACCGUGAUUUAAUGUGGUGGAGCGUGGACGAGUGCAAAUGCAAGUGUAGAGAAGUCGAAAUUUGCUCUGAAGGACUACACUUCAAUUAUGAUGUGUGCAGGUUAUUGUGA